CCGAGGCUCCUCCGACUGGUGGAGAUGCGCAGCUGGAGGGAGUGGCGGCGGCGAGCCCGGUGGUCCUGGGGAAUUCGCGCCCGGUUGGGAGGAGGGGAGCCUUGGGCCGUCCGAGGCGGGGUGUAGCCUCCCUGUCCGGAAGGGGCACCCGACGAUGCGCUCCGCUCGGGGACGGUAACUCUGCUGGAGGGAGAGCGGGACACUGCGUGGCCGGCGAGGCCUGGCGUUUGGGUCUGCAAACUGCUCGGCACUUGGGGGCUGUGGGCGGCAGGUUUGGGGGUCGCGGCGGUCCCUAACCACGGAGAAAGAACACCAAGGGAUUUCUUACAACGAAUAAGCCCAGUGUCUCGGUUCUUUCGCCAGCAGAGCCUUCUCCACCUCCCCGUUCUAGCACCUUUGAAGAGCCGCUAAACUUCUAGAUCAGAGUUAUACUCCCUCUGCCCCUUCUAGGUGGAAGAAUUUCUCUGGAAAUUCACCUCCUUCCCCGGUCGUAGUCUCCCAACCGGUGCACUCCUAUUGGGCUUGGCUGCAGCCUCGGGAUUUCCUGGGGAGAGGCAGAAACCCAGCAGUGAGUGCAGCGGAGGCAAGAGCUUGACGCGCUGCUUUGGAGGAUGCCUAAGAGCAUCCGCUGCUGGACUACGCAGCGCGGAGCAACAAGUGCCUUCCAGCCUCUGCCAUCCCAUAACACGAGCAUCUCUUUCCUGAGCAAAUAAACACACAACACAUAAUGGUACCUUCACCUCUACCGCGAGGCAGGCUGGAAAUGGAUGAGGGGUAGGAGUAGGGGUCAGGGGGCAUCGACCCAGAUGGUCUUUCUUCCGUCCCUGCAGAUUUCCAGCCCCUCCUGGCUUCUGCUGAGGCCCUGGUGGCCAAGACAUCCACCCUCUCUGGCCUGGGGUAGCUUUGAUUUUCCAGGAUAGGGGUCUAUCUCUGAUCCCAAGACCCAAGUCCCUCUCCAUUGAGCUCCCCCGAGUGGGUGUGGGUCCCCUGGGAGUGAGGAAAGGCUGAGCCUGGAAGUCCUCCCUACUAUACGCGAUGACAACCGAAGGCAAGGGAGAGAGAGGCGUCGCCUGUGGCGUGCUGGGCUGUGGACUGUGCAGAGGGCUCUGCUGGAAUCCUCUCCUUUGGCGGUAAAGCCGGCACCCAGAGAGGGGAAAGAGCCCCUCUAUGCCAAGCGUUCCUGCCACUACGCACCUCAUGAGCACCCCUUUAGAGGUGACUAUCUUUUAACAAAAUUAAACCCAUGUUUGCAUUAUCUGCAGUUUUUGCAAGGGAGCCACGUAGGGACUUAGAGUCUCAGCGCCGGGUGCCAGCUAUGGCCCAGCUGGGGAUUUUAGCCACCCCUCCAUACGACUGGAGCUUCUCUGUGCGUUCUGGGGAGAGCUUUGGGGCUGUGGAAACGUCCUGUUUUCCGUCCUCUAGUUGGUGGUCAUGGAGUCACCUGGUCACUUUUACUUACUGCAAACACCCCUAGCGGGUUCUGAAAUCUCCCCCCCCAUCUCCCCAUCUCCCCCCUCUCCUUUUCGAAAAUCUGAGACAUCCCCAGAUCACCAUCCUGAACUCAAAACGUUCUGGGCAACGGCAGCAUGAAGAAAUGCCAUGGAACGCACCAGGUGACAUUUCACUCCGGCUUGCAAAACCGACGACAAGGAGAAGUGCAGCUUGGCGCGGUCCGGUCCAGGACCUUCCCUCACCUUACUUCCAGAGAACUUAAAAUCCAAUUAGCUUUUCUUUGGAGAGUCCCUUGUUAUGUAAAGGUCCCUUCUCCCGGGAUUGCUGAGACCAGCACUCCUUGGAGCAGUUGCCUUCCGGUCCUUUUACAGCAUAUUUGCGUGCAAACCUACGGCAGAACCACGAAGAUGAGAUGAUGCUGAUGAUCAUGAUGGUGAUGGUUUCAUUCGAAAAGGCUGGAACAGUGGAUUCGCAGCAAGGGCUGGGGCGAAGUCAGGAGCGCCCAGGGUCGGAGAGGCCGGCGGGCCAGGCCUCCGUCCUCUACUCUUAAAAGGAAAAUCUCCGUAAAGUGCCUCCGACCGGGAGGACAGUUUUGCAGGGGCCGAGGCUCCAGCGGUCUGUCUGGGGCCACUUCAGCGUGACCUGCGGAAACGUGCCUCUUUGUGCCGCGCACCGAGCCGGUAACAUAGUCCUCGAGUUUUUCCCAAAUACUCAACAAGUGUGGGGCCAAGACAAUGGCCCCGUCGGAGGAGGCCGGGAGCCGGCGCGCCGCCGAGCGCGACGAGGCAGGAGCCCCUCUCCCGGGAGCCCCUCUGCGCGGCAGAGCUUGGGGAGGCGGCCAAAGCCGCAGGCGCGCGCGUGGGGCCGUCCACACGCCGUCCGGCGGGUGCGGCUUUGCAGUUGCGUCCCUCCCGGCUCGCGCCGCAGCCCCGCGCCGCGCAAAAGCCUGUGCGGAGCCCCGUGUGGCCCGCGGCGCCUACGUGUUUACGGCCGUGCGUCCACUCCCGGCUGCCCUGCCCAGGCGAGCAUUGCUCAGUUCCUCGAGGUACCUGGAAAUUCGAGAACGAGGGGGGAAAGUAGGUAGAAUUUUAGGCCGCGGAGAACUGGCGCGAAGUGGGCCAGGUUGGUCGCCUACGCAACAGAAGCGUCGUUUCUUGUUAAACGGGAUGGCGCCUUAGACAGGGGCACUGCGGGGCCCGACCUGGAAACUUCUGCCUCCACCCAUUUUCCGCCCCGAUUUCCAAAAUCUGGAGCGGCCAAGGUACCCCGAGAGCCAGAUUUGAGCCCCCCAGGCCACGACGGCGGGAAGGCACUCGGGUCUCCAGGCCCUUGGCUCAGCACAAGGCCCGCCCUGGCUCUGUGGGCCCGCAGGUGGGGAUAUUCAGUGGUUUUGGCGUGGGGCCGGCGGGGCAGAGAGCGCCCGGGUGGGAAGAGGCCCCGGGCCUCCUCCAUCCUCUCCCAGGCGCGGGUCUAGGAAAGGAGCCGCCUUCUCCGGCCGGGGGACCCGGACCGCCCGCUCGGGGAGCAAGUGAAGUGGGCUCUGAACGUUGCCUCCGCGCCCAAAUAAGACUGUCUCGCCCUCCCUGGACGUGUGUGUGUGUGUGUGUGUGUGUGGCCGGUGAAGGGGGCAUGCUCGCCCCACCUUCACCACCUGCCUAGCACCUGCACCUGGCUUUGGCAUCAGGGUCAAGUAAGAGCCGCGUGGUCCCCAGUCCCCAGGCCGGGAGGCAGCAGCGCUAGCCCCGCACGCGACUUGGUGUGGCAGCGCAGGACAGAGCUCUUUCCCUCUGCUGUAGGACGCGGAGACCCGGAAAAGUUUGCAGGGGCCGCCGGGCGGCUAGGCCCCGGGAUUUCCAUAGCUGAGCCCACCCCCCUCCCCAGCGCGUCGCCAUGGAGACUGCUGGAAGUUGGUGGUGGAAAACAGACUCAGCGCAAAGCAAAAUAUUAUGAGUGCAGUUGGGGUGACUUCGGGGGGGGGCAGGGGACCGGAGGGCAUGAGCGGGAGCCAGAGGCAGAGGCCGACAACAAAAGGCCGAGUGCGAGGAGGAGAGGGGCGUUUGCACGGGGCCUCCCCGCCGCUGUGUGAGAGCUGGACCGUCCUGCUUCCCAGAGGCGCCGAGGUCUCUAAUUUCUCUCCAGCAGCUACACCUUUUCUCAGCCCGCCUGUGCGCCCGCCCUCCCUCCCA